UAGUUUGUAAUAUAUUAAGAAAACUAUUUCAAAGAAAACUCAAACAAAAAUUCCAAAUAAGUCCACGAUAUGGCUGUUUUUGAAAACAUGACCAAAUUUGAGUUAAUUUUUGCGAUAAAAUCAAAACAUACAUAACCAAGACGUGUAUCUCUCAAACGCACGCACUUCUCGAGUUUCUUUUCUGAAGUAAGAUAAACAGUUUAUACAAUCAAAUCAUUCAUUUGUUUUCUACGCCAUACAUCUGGAAUUUUAUGGCCGAGGCUGGAAACCUAUUCGAAUGCAGCAUUUGUCUCGAACGUUUUGUGAAUCCUCGUAUUUUGAAUUGCGGACAUUCAUACUGUUCAAAUCCAAAACCUUGCUUACAAGGUGUACUGCUAUCUGAGUCCAGAGAAUGCUCGGUUUGCAGAACUCCGAUUGAGGAAAGACUUCAGCAUGAAAGCCAAUGCACCGUUAAUUAUGAAUUGAAAGCUGCCGCAGAGGGGAACGAGCAACCUGUCCAAGCACAAAGCAACCAAAAUGGCUAUGAACAAUGCAAAACUCACAAACAAGCGAAAGAGUAUUUUUGUGAGCAAUCGGGCUGCAAAGUUUGUAUCUGCAAGGAUUGUUGGAGAAACGAUCAUGGAUCACAUCAUGUGGUUUUAAUGGACAACCCGCUUAAUCAAUUGACUGCAAAAAUGGAGAAGUCGCUUAAGUUGAUUGCAAGCUGUCCAAAGACAGUUGAUAAAGUGAUAAGUGAAUCAGUUGACCUCAAUUCGGAAUUGGUGAUGACAAUGGACAAAUGGAACGCUUUGAUGGAUAAGAAAAACAAGAUAAAAAACACGAAUACUUUCCCCCAAGCCAAAACCCUUGAGACGAGUAUCAGAAAGGAUCUGGAAGCCUUGAAAGUGCAAAAUGUUCAAACAAAACAGAAACUGGCAAAACUAACAGCCAUGGCUCAGUCCUGCGAAGAUGUCGAAGACUGUAUACAAAACGCAUUACUUGCCCUGGAUGCAACACCUUCCUCGCCCAAAACAACAGCUUCUGUGGCCAAUGCUUGUGGCAGGGACGAAACUACACAUGACGAGAAGAAAAGGAAAAUUACAUACAUUUUGCGUGUUGAGGACGCUAGAGAACCUGAAAUAUUUGGAUUAUCUUGCAAAAUAAUCGGUACGAGCGGGGAUUGGCUGUUGGCGAGACUUAACUGUUUGACUAGAACUUCACAGGGAGAACUCAAGUUGAAGUCAAAGGACCUGGGCAGAUUGGAAAGCCUAGAAAUUCUGAAAGGAGACCUCGUGAAAUUAGAUUGUUUUCGUGAAAUUAGAGUUUUUACCAAGAAAAAUAUAAAUUGCGCGCUGGAUUUGCAACGCCUAUGCGCCAUAUUCGAAAGCGAAAAGGCACACUGUCAGAAAAUUACAAUUUGGUCUGGAGCGUCUGAGGAAUUCUUCACCCUUCCCAAUUCUCUUAACGACAGCGUGUAGUAGCACAUAUAUUGGAAGACAGCAGAAAUUAUCCGACAACGACUAUACCCUACGCGUCCCCAUCAGCAGCUAAAUCAUAUAUGAAAAAAAAUCUGACUUCAAAGUUGAUUGUAGACUCAAAUAAAAACUAACUCAAAGUUAUAAAAAUUAACACACCGUCUGUAUUUAAAAUCACUAAUUUUGCUUUGAUUGUUCCAAAUUUGACUUUCAUUUGAUCUGAUGAUGAUACUUUAAUUUAGUUUACCAUAAUUAUAGUGGAUAUAAAAGAAGAACUAUGCAUUGAGCUAGGUGAUUAAAUGUAAGAUCGGUGAUCUAGUACUUUUUCGGUAAACUAAGAUUUCGAUUUAGAGUUUUACCUUGGGAAUUGAGUGGUAUAAUGUUUGA